UAUUCCGGGAAGUUAUUUUUCUUCUCUUUCUUUUACUAUUGUUUUCAUCUAAAAUUGUAUAUCUUCGUAUUUUAUGCAAAUUCUUCGCUUUUAAUUAAAUUUCCGACACUCGUAUUCCGUUCCGUAAACGGAACACGAAACCGAGCGACGCCCUCAACAUUCGCAAAGGUAGGGAUGUACGGGGCAGUCGCUGCACCCCUCCGUCCACGAGACGAUUGGCCGAGAGAACCGGUCCAAUUGACGGCCGGACCGCCUCUCGGCCACCGCAAAUAAAAAGGGAUGCGUACAGGCGAGAGUACGCACUCUUACUCCAGCAACCAGUCGGAUAACCUCCGUCCCCUGGAAGCUGCCGGCCUUGUUUUGUAUUAGUUCUUUUCUUGAGUAAACGAGUGCUUUACAAUCAAAAGACAAUUCCCAGUUUAUUUUUAUUCCCAGUCACCUUGCUUCCCCAGUAUCCUGCAAACUCCUUAUCAACCUCCAAGUCAUCCUGACUCCUCUACCAUCUCUCUCUCCCUCUCUCUCUUAUCUUCAGGGGCCGGUAAGCUCUUGCAGCUCCGUCUUCCCCGAACUCUUUUCUCUCUCUCUUCCCUUCAGUGGCCGACACGCUUGAAAACAGCUUCGUCUUUUCCGACAUCUUUCUCUUGAACUUCAGGGGCCGAAAGAUUUCAUUAUACGAAAUUCAGCAAUCUCCAUUGAUCAGGAUCCUGGAUUUAACGAAAAUAAAGAUGCAUGUCGGCGCUCCUCUCCUCACUCUAGCGAUUUUCUUCAGUUUUAUUGAAUUAAGUUCACAGCAAAAUGAGCCCACUCUUACGCCAGACAGUAUGACUCUACACGAUACCCUGGGCAUCUAUUACAGUAUUACUAAUAAAAUAGAUAUACUGAUAAUUGACGGACACAAUGAAGAUACUUUCGGGCUACUACACGAGGAGACUGGUAAACUGGUUUGUGCAUUAGAACUAGAUAGCGAAGAUCAAGUAUGGGUGCGUAAAUUAAUGACAGACGAGGGGCAAGUUACGGCGGACGAGAGCAAAACCUAUCCCUGGACUCAAGGUGACACUGAUUUAUAUAAUCUCAAGUUUGACGCAAUCCUUUCGUAAAAGAAUAUUUGACAUUUCUCACUGUACAUUUAUUUUUAUAUCGACACCCGCCCUCGCUCAAAGAGAAACCAAUAUUUCCUUUUUUCCCACUGUGAUAUAAUACAAGUUAAUGAAAUCACUGUUGAUCAAUAUUGUUUUCUGGUUUUGGUAUAAUUUUAUAGUAGUGAAAAAGGACAUAUUGGUUUAUUACUCACACUGAUCACUAGUUACACGGAAGUAAUUUUGGUGAAACAACAGCGCCACCUACAGUAGAGCAGUUGUGCGUAGGCUUGGCACAGUUCUUAUACCGAUUUUGGCGCAUUGGAUGCUUCAAACUAGGUCUCGCAAAUAGAGCCUGUGGUAUUGACGCGCAUGCGUGAAUAAUCGCUUUUUAUUAGCUCUGAUUGACGCAUGCGCAAAAUUGCACCUGACCAUCUUAGCUAAACGGCGCAGCAAGUAUUCCAAACGAAUGAAUAACAUUCGUUCCAACGAUUACCACAACUGGGGAGCUAGUAGGUACCUGCAACUGCUGUCGAGAAAUUAUUUCCGUGCGCUAAGUUAUUGAAUUUUUUGUUAAAGGCCAUGUAAUGAGUGUACCAGUGGAAAUUUUUUUUCGGGAAGUAUUAAUAAAUAGUCGCUGCGAUAGCGCUGCUCUGACACAUGAUAGGUAUUUCAGGACAAAUUUGUUUAUUUGCAUUUCAAGUGCAAACAUUCGUUUUUCUAUUAUUUCUGCACAAUGUUCUUGAGCGAUUUUUGUGGUUUUGCCGCAGGAUCCUUGCAGGAUUUUACAGCACGGUCGGUAUUUCUCCAAAAUAGUGAUUAAAAAAAAAAACUUUUCUCAUCAUUCUCAUCAUUUAGGACCAGAGACACUUUUCUUAGUGACCUUUAUUUAGUUUGCCAAAUUUUCAACACGAUAUCUCAUCUUGUGCGGAUGUAAGUUGGAAAACAAGAAGACCGAUAUAGCUUCCAGUUUAAUUUUCCUCGAAAUUUGUUGUUGCAAAAUUUCCAUCCGAACAAAGCAGAUGCAUGUACUUUAUUUCCUUCUCUUUUAUUUGCCAAACUUUCAUAGCGAUCCCUGAUUUCGUUUACACGUAAGUUGGGAAUGAAAAAUUGAUGUCCAGUUUUAGUCACGUUAACCUCUCGUUACAUGGCCUUAAAUAAUAGCAUUCGGACAUUAUUUUGUAUUGAUUUUCUUGUAAAUUACUUCACUACUCUUAAAACAAAAAUUUUCUAUAAUUCGGUUUAUAUUGCGCAAUUAAUAUCUGAAGUAAGUUUUCACUCUUCCAAACUCAUUUAAAAUUAAGCAAUACAAAAUAACUUCCUGAGAAAAUCAAAAUCUAUAGAUUAAACCUGAUUUCUAAAUUAUUAUAAAAAGUUGGAAAUUUGCUCUAGAAAUUGAUUACACACAAAGCACGGAAUUAUAUAAACAAUUGAAAAUUAUUGGAAUUUUUUUUAUUGUACUGUUCCUGUUAUUCAUAAAUCAAAAGUGUAUUUUUUACUUAGAGCAUUUUCUGAUCUAACGAAUUUAAUUUCAAUAUAAACAAAUUUUUAUGUUAAAUCAUGUAAAAACGACUUUUUUCAAUUUAGAUUGGAUUUAACUUGUCUUCGAGUGUAUAAUUGCAAGUAGGAAUAAUUUAGGUGCAAAUUAGUUUAAACAUUUUUAUUCGAUUGGCCUGAAAAAUAAUAUUUUGUAAUAAACAAAAUUUACUUGUCGAUUGAAGAAAUAAACGGAUUUAAUAUGAC